GAGCUAUCAUGACAGUCCUGCUCAUUCUCUCCUGCGUCGUCCUCUUUACUUCCCCAGUCCUCACACUGCCCCCUACAGAGCCCCCGCUGAUCGAGGGUCACCCCUUCAUCGCCACUUGGAAUAUUCCAACAGAAAAGUGUAGAAAAUUCCAAAUCCACCUAGACACUUCAGCCUUCCAGGCCGUUACCACACCCAACCUGGUGCAUGGUCAGUUCCUCACCAUCUUCUAUGAGCAUCGCCUCGGCCUCUACCCUAAGGUUGACACCACAACACACAAGACUAGCAGCGGUGGAGUCCCUCAACAAGGCAACCUAAAAACCCACCUCGCCAAAGCCAAGAGCCAGAUAGAAAAGUACAUCUCCAAGGAUUCCUCUCCUGGGUUGGUAGUCAUAGACUGGGAGUCCUGGCGCCCCCUGUGGGACCGGAACUGGGGAUCGAAGCGUGUUUAUCAGAAGUUGUCCAUCGCUCACACCUUGCAGAUGGAUCCAUAUUCAUCGAUGAGCAAAAUCUCUGCAGAAGCAAAACGCCAAUUCCAGGAAGCCGGGCGGCACUUCAUGGAGGAGACCAUCACCCUGGGCAUCAGAGAGCGCCCGAGCUGGCACUGGGGCUACUACCUGUUCCCCGACUGCUACAACUACAACUGGAAUCAUACCGGCUACACAGGGAAGUGCCCUGCUGAUAUGCAAAAGCAGAAUAACCAGCUGCUGUGGCUAUGGGAGCAGAGCACCGCCCUCUUCCCCUCCAUAUACAUCCACCUGCACCUGAGGAACUCCCCAAAGACCACCCUGUUCGCUCGCAACCGAGUCCAGGAGGCAGUGAGGGUAUCCAAGCUACCAAAAUGUCCAUACACAGUACCAAUCUAUGUCUACUUAAGGCCACUGUACCGGGACCAGAACCUGGUGUUCCUGAGUGAGACUGACUUGGUCAGCACUAUCGGAGAGUCUGCAGCUCUGGGAGCUUCAGGGAUCAUAAUGUGGGGGGCAACCAAAGACUACGACAACAAGGGUUCCUGUAGAGCUCUGUCCGAGUACCUGGUGUCCACAAUGAACCCUUACAUUGUCAACGUGACGGCGGCUGCCAUCGUCUGCAGCGAGGUGUUGUGUCAGGGGAAUGGCCGCUGCCUCAGGAAGGACUAUGACUCGGGCCACUACCUGCACCUGAGCCCCGCUGACUUCAGCAUCAAGAAGACUGAUGGGAAGUACGAGGCUGCCGGUCUUCCAUCUGCUGCUGAUCUGAGGACAUGGGCUGAACAUUUCACCUGUCAGUGCUACAGGGGAUCAAGCUGCUCACCUAAACUGGUGCACCCUAAAACGACCAAACACAUCUGGGUUAAAACUUUAUACUAAAGCUUAAAACAGCAAAAUUUUCUAUUGGUGCAGAUGAAACAGUUGUUUGUAAUUUGAUAUAAUAUUACAUUAGAUGAUUAUUCCCCUUAAAAUGGAAUGAAUACCAGGCAACUGGACAUUGAAUGUUGUAAAAAUAAUAUUAUAAUCAAAAGUAACACCAAUGAUGACUCUUGAAUUGAUGACUCAAAAGAACCUUAAUAAAUGUUUUUUCUCAAAAAAAGAUGUUUGUAUUUGGCAUCGGUUUUCUUAGAGCUAAAUUAUACACAGGCAC